AUGGACUCCUCAAACAAACACAUAGAGGCUGAAAAGCCAGGCAUCGCUCAUGUUGAGUCUCUGUCGGAUCCUCUGCCCGCCAAAUUUGAGGAUCAUCAUAUUCCUGCAAUGACACCAAAGGAACAAUGGCGCCAGCUUUGGGGGGCCAUCAAAGCGGAAAAACGAUUCUGCAUAUGGACGCUAUAUACCAUGCUCCUCGUCUUCAGCUGGGGAUACGAUGCUGGCCUUUCUGGUGUGGCCAUUGCUUUCCCAGAAUUUCGCAAAGCCUAUGGCAAUUACUAUGCCGCUGGCGAUGAAUAUGUGAUUCCUGCCUUGUGGCAAUCGCUCUGGAAUGCAGCAUCAACAAUCGGACAAGUCUUCGGCGGUUAUGCUGCCGGGCAAUUCGCGGACUUUUGGGGUCGAAAGUUCCUGCUCUAUACUGCGGUCGCUAUCUCACUUAGCUCAUCAUUUGCAUUGGUCUUUGCACCAAAUCUGCCUGUUCUUUUUGUAUCCAAACUUCUUCUCGGACUAUCUGUCGGGCUCUCCACAGUAAUCCCUCCACUUUACGUUACUGAAAACGCACCAACAAAUCUACGCAGCACGGCAUCGUCUCUGACCAACAUGGUUAUUGUUUUCGGACAAUUCUGCUCAUCGAUAACUGGCUAUGGUGCGUCUGGCAUCCAGGGCGUAUGGUCUUUCAAGCUUGCCUUCGUCAUGACGUUUAUGAUGCCUGGUAUUUAUCUUUGCGGCCUGCCAUUUCUUCCUGAGAGUCCAGUAUGGUACGUAAAGAAAGGCCGUGAAAAUGACGCUCGCAAAGCCAUCACUAGGCUCUAUGGUCCUGAAGCCGACGUGGAUACCUGCGUUGAGACAAUCAAGACCGAAUUGAGGCAGACAGAAAGUGAGGAAAACGACGCCAGUCAGACAAGCUGGAAGAGUAUCUUCACCAAGGAGCACAGAUCACGUACCUUUGUUGCCGUUCUUGGCCUUCAGUCACAGAAUUUCAGCGGAGGUUACUUUGCGAAUACUUAUCAAACCUAUUAUUUCCAAUUGAUUGGCCAAACCGACUCUUUUCAAUUAACUGCAAUCUCAUCAUCCUUGCAACUUCUCUCCAACUUUGUGGCGGUUUGCUUCUCAGAUGUCAUUCCACGCAGAAAAGGGCUUAUCGGCGGGGGUACAUUACUCAUGUUUUGGUCUGUCAUCAUUGCCGGAGUCUCCAUGGCACCAACAACAAAUACAUCCGCCAGCAUCGCUCUUCUUGCAUUCAUGAUCACAUGGUCUAUGUUAUACACCGCCACAGUUGGAUGUUACGGAUGGGCUGUGGCCCAGGAAACUGCUGCUCAGGCUACUCGCCCUAAGACAAUCUCCUUCGUGUUGAUCUGCCAGCAGCUAACGGCACUGCUCCUUUCGUCUAUCUUCCCAUACUUUAUCAAUCCGGAUGAGCUCAAUUGGGGUGGCAAGGUCAUGUUCCUGUUCGUAGGAGCCGAGCUGUUCAUUAUGGUCGGUCUUUACUUUUUCCAACCGGAGACUAAGAACCGAUCGUAUACGGAAAUUGAUGCGCUAUAUGCUAACAAGGUGCCACCCCGCAAGUUCAAGGACUUUGCUCUUGUGGAUGGUCACGUUGUUGAAAAUGCGCGAAAGAAUGGUCUUCUCCGUCGGUUUAUUGGCAAAAACAAGCAUGUGAGAAGGAGUCUUUGUUGA